GUCUGAGUGCUCGGACGACGAGGUAUCACCAACAAGCUCUGCAUGUAGGCUAUACAUCUCACCAGUCACUUUGAUGCGGUGUCCUCUGUAGUUGGGCGUGUUAUUUGUGAAACAUCCCUUAAUGAGCACAGACUACCAGGGUACUUUUUUUGUGACAGCUGUGGACGACGCCAAUGAUAAACUCUCAUACUUCUUGCUUGUUGUCAUGUCAGAUGCAUUUGCGGUGUAAUUUGAUCCUAGUGGUGUUUUAAUGUGCAAAAAGGAAGCUAACUACACACCUGGUACUUCGAACACACUCAUCAGAAGAAUGUUCUCUUUUAUAAGUCAGACUGGAUUUCUGAUAUUUUUUUUCUUCUCUUUUCGUCGUCGCCAAAUGAUCUGCCCAGCUGUAGCCUGAUGCAUAGGGAGGCGUCGGUUUAAUCAGAAACCAUCUCAAAAAUUGGCUGAUAGAGUGCACAGAUUGUCGAACACAUAGAGCUAGAGGCAUCAUAAUUUGUUAUUACCAUAACAACUCCCAUACAAUUGGGGCCUGGAUAAAAACACACCAUAAAGUAAGCCGUGUCUCAGUUCGUCCCCGAGCAUUCGAUGUGGACGCAACCUUUGUGUCAUGGGCGACAAAAUUGGGAUAUUGGACGUAAAAUGUGCUGAUAAAUAAAGCUGAGCUAGAAGCAUUUAUUUGUUCUGCUUUUUACUCCAGAGACUCUUUUUCGUGUCUGAUUUUACACUUUAAAAAGCGGGAAAGGAGAAGAAAGGAAAAAAAGGCGACAACGGUGCUGUUCUUGUUGAAGUGCUCGCUUAAUGGAAAACUUCUGAAGGUGUUUUGUUCAUAGUGAGUGCAGUGAUAUAUUUCCAGGAACGCUGACGCAUGGGAUGUUUCAGUUGGCAUAGAGAUGGUUGGGGAGUGAUGCUGAACUGAUAUGCAUCCCUAAAACGGUGACAUCUUAGUCGUUGCUUUUCUUCUAUGAUAUGAAAAUGGCCGCCACACUUGGAUUGACAAACAUUAUUUGAUUGACUAAAUCCUACACCCUGUGUGCUGAUUAUUAAAAACCUGAAAUUAAUCUGGCUUCGGAGUUAUUGGGUGGUGCAUUCGCCGAAAUUUGCAUUUCCUUGUUUUCUGUAGCGUAUUUAAUCACUGCUAAGCUGACGGCUUAUAUUUGUUCUGGGACAGACGGAGCUGUUGUUGCCAUUAAUAGACUGUGGAUUUGAAUGUAGACAUCGCUAUACAUCCUUGUCAACAUUAGCUGAGUAACCGUUCAUCAACGCAGACCCACAGCUUAUGUGACUGACUGGAUCCCAGUACUGGAGUAAUCGUCUUUCAUCGAGAACAAGAACAUCAGAAGUUGUAAUUUGAUGUGCAUCAACAUUUGCUUGGUUUCCCCAUAGCACUGCCUACUCAUCUUGCCUUUGGCAAGACAGGGUUCCAGCUGUGGUUGAAGCCUGUGGUUUCUUAUAACGCUGUCUCUUCGCCGAGAAAGGCUCGGUGAGAAAAACAGUCCAGGGCUGAGGAAUUGAUAGUGACACUGAGCUUACAUUGUCACUGUGCUCCUUCAUCGGAAAGAUCCGAUUCAUUACAAACAUCUGUCCGGACUUAUUUCCCUGCUAAAUAUUAAGACGUUAAAGAUCCCAGGGAACUCUAUAGAACACUGGAAGAAAAUUCUAUACUGCUGUAGAAAAAAAGUACUUUUAAAAUUUUUCAAAAACUGUGUGACAAUGGACGGCUUUUCACCACUGAAGAAGUUCAGUCGUCGUUCUUGGCGAAGGGGUUCUGUUGCAAACUCCCCUCUACUUGAGCUGAGGAGGGAUGCCAGCUAUCAGGUGACAGCCAUCGGCCCCCCGCGACCCAGAAAGAGGGCCCUCAGUCUGCCGGAUGCCUUCAGCCCAUGGAGGAGGCGGGAGAUGGACGGACAGUUAUUCUGUGAGGAACAUGCUCCGAAAGACAAAGAGAAGGCGGUCAAUGGAGAGAGCGCCCAGGACCUUGACUUCUUUGAGCUUUUGCAGAAAAUACAGAGUGAUCGAUUAGAUGAGCAAAGAUGUUCCCUUCCCUUGGUACUACAGAGCGCUGGUUCGUCCCCGGCUGCCAUUAAAGAAAGACUCAAGACCAAAAACUCAAACACCUACAGGAUAAAAGAGCUUUUAAAGAAAAAUGGUCCCCAUCCCAACAUCAUCCAGCCCCACAACGGCGGUUUCUGGAUUGAUGGUUUGGACAUUGACCCAUCAGGCGCUAACGACAUUGUACCCGACCACUGCCCAUUUACGUCAGAUCGACUGGUACUCGAGUAUGAUGAUACCAAUGAAAUGUACAGGAGACAUUUCUAUGGGAAGGAGCAUUUUAACUACAUAGCCCAGGAUGAGUCCAUGGGUCCAAUAGUACUGUCUGUCAGGCAGGAGACCAGCAGUGGAGAAGAACAAAUCAGAAUACUACUCAGACAUCGGAGUGGUACCAUCCAUGAUCUCCUUCCGUUGACCACAUUUGGAAACUCACUUGUGCCAUCCAAACUAGCCAAAGUACUUUGUGAAACUAUCACAACAGAAAGAUUCCAGCCUGUACUCUUUCCAAAGGCUUCGGAGCUCAUAGUAACCUAUGAUGAACACACGUGCGUCAAGAACUUUAAGUUUGGUGUGAUCUACGAGAGGUAUGGACAGACGACGGAAGAGGAACUCUUUGGAAAUGUCAACAGCAGCGCCGCCUUUGAUGAAUUCCUUGAACUCCUCGGCGAGAAAACAGAACUGAAAGAUUUUUCAGGGUUUCGAGGAGGUCUCGACGUCCAGCACGGACAGACAGGUGCACAUUCCAUCGUUGCCCAGCACCUUGAUAGAGACAUCAUGUUCCAUGUGUCUACGUUAUUACCACACACAGAAGGAGACAAACAACAGUUGCAGAGGAAGAGGCACAUAGGCAACGACAUCGUCGCUAUUGUAUUCCAAGAAGAGAAUACGCCGUUUGUUCCUGACAUGAUCGCGUCUAACUUCCUUCAUUCCUUUAUUGUGGUGCAGGCCAUCGAGCCCAAUACAGAAAACACCAGAUACAAGGUUGCUGUAACAGCUAGAGAUGACGUUCCUUUCUACGGCCCAGCCUUGCCGAGUCCUUCAGUGUUUAAGAAGGGACCAGAGCUGAAGGAAUUCCUGCUCACUAAGCUUCUUAACGGAGAGAAUGCUUGCUACAAAGCAGACAAAUUCAGCAGCAUACAGGAGAGAACAAGGGCGGCUCUACUAGACUCCCUCUACGCUGAACUCAACACCAAAAACGAGGAGAUAUUCUGCUCAGUGACGUGUAUAGACGCCUCAACAAGUCCAAGCAUAUUGGGCAAGGCAGACGUCAGCGCCGGGGGCCUGUGGCCAUCGUUCAAGAAGGCCUUCAGAGGAAGGAGUCAGUCUGUAGACACCAGCACCAGCCCAAGUCAUAAUAAGAUGAAUGGAAAUAUGAUGUUUGCGCCUGAGAUACCGGAAGAAGGCGAGGCUACAAGUCCACUGCAAUCCAAGGGUAGUCGGAACCUAAGACUAAGCACAAGAAGUACAAGCAGUAACCAAAGCUAUGGCAGUACUGGAGACAAGAAAGAACCAAAGAGAAAAAGAGACAGCAUGAUGAGUCGGUCAUCACAUUCCUCAGAAAGUAUCAAUGGCAGCCAGGAAUCGCACAAAUCGUCCUCCAACUCUCUCAAUAGCUCUCCUGAUGUUGCACACUCGAGGACAACAAGAAUCUACACAUGUCGAGUAUCACCGAGCAAUUCCUUGGACAGCUUCAACAGUGACGAGGAGCCGCAUGAACAUGAAGACUCGGAUACAGGCAUGGUGAGACACCUUGGAAGUAUGUCAUCAGGUUGUAUACCAAGCAGUAAAGCCAGUCCACUCAACCCUUGUCUAUGUCCUGAAGGAAAGUGUACCACAGCCUUGGAAAUAGAAAAUACCUUGUCCCAGCAGUUAGAGUUCAUGAGAGCUGAGAUUAACAAGUUAAAAUCAGAGAAGCUCGAUCUCAUCAGAACAAACGUGAGCUGGCAACAUGACAUCAAGAAGUUAAAAGAGAAGGAAACCCGCCACAUUGCUGAAUUGUCCAGUGCUCAGAAGGAGAUCAGCAAACUACGAGAAAUCCAAACUAUUCAGAAUACUGGGUACAUUGAGGCACUGUCGAGUGUCUAAAAAGCCCUACACAUACACCCCCUUGGGUUAUAGAACCACUGGGAACACUUCAUGAAAUACUCGCAGACAUUUUACGAGAAGGAGUAACUCUUACCUGACAAUCCGUUCACUUCAAGGAAGGAUCAUAUACUGGCAAAAGGAUCAUAAAGGAUAACGAACUGGCAAAAGACAGCGACUUCACGAAAUGAUUUCACGGACUGCUGCGUCUUUCUGGAAGAACACCCUUUCAAGAUCCACAUGAUGUGCCUGCAAAGGGGUACGUUUAUCAAUCUAAGAAUAGUUAAAACACCUUUAACUAGGUAAGAUUGUCCAAGAUAUGGAGAGAAACACCCUUGACAUCACACUGAGCGAGGAAACUUCUGGAAACACUAGAAACAUUCUACAAUCAGCUCUAACGAUUCUCAUAAGAACCAAGUUGCAGUGGUGCUCUCUACUUCACUCUCUACGUUUUAAAGCUUUGCAAGGUGCAUAGGGUCAAAGAAAUACAAAUAUUUGGAUGGUUAAACGUUGUAAUAUUCUUGCCUCAAAGAGGCGGUGGUUCUGAAAAGUUGAGUGGGUGUAGAAGUAGGUAUCAGGUUUGAAGUCGUUCACUCAGCUUGUGUUAAGCCCCUAUCACACAAGAGCAAGUUUACAAGGGUCCCUUGCUAAAUUGUAGCACGAUUGUAAAUUUUUCGUGAAAGGACAACAAUUUGUUCUACUGUCCA